AUGCCGUGGCAGUUCGCCGCUGAGGCUCGCCGAAGGUGCAAGAACAUGCCGGAGAUUGGGCUCACGGCGCUCGCCGUCGCGUCCUCAGCCUGCGUUGCCGCCAGGGCAUUCUCAUCAACGCUGCACACCACAGGCAACAGCGGCUCUGACAGGGACCCGAAGCUGAAGGCGACAUUUAACUUCCUGUUCUACACCAUGGAUGGCAUCCUUGCUGUGGUGCUGUUGCUCUGCAUCAUGCGCUGCUGGUUGACCAAGCACAAGGGUUACCCCAAUAUAGGGGACUUGGACUGCCGGGGACUUGGCCAGGGUGGGAAGCAUCAUUCCCUGUCGAGGGCACCAGGCAGCGACACAAGUGCAACCUGUGGCGAGGUGUCGUGCACCAGUGCAAGGACCACAGGGAGACUCAAAAGCCUGGGGACUCUAUUUGUCAGGGCUUUCAUAGGGGGCGUUGGUAUAGUGCCAACUAUGGGGCAGGCCAUAAGCGAAACCACUUCGCCAGUGGUGCGGGCACCACAAGGGAUUUUGGUAGGGUCUCAAGCACUGUAUUUUGGCCUGGUGACAGCCAUGGGGAGGUACAAGAUGAAAUGGAGGGCAAAAACAGACCAAAUGGCAAUUCCUUUCACGUUGUGGGUUUUAAUUGCACUUGCCACGGCUCAGAUUGGGCUGCUGGGGCUUAGCGUAGAUGGAGAAGACAGUGACACUCUGAAUGUAGUGCACAUCACAGGGCCAGCACCAAUAUUGGCCACUGUAGUCGCCAUGUGGCUGUAUCCGCUUGGGUAUGAGAGUGAAAGGUUCAAAUACAGGAGAGAUGUGGCGAAGUGGGACAGUGACAACGGCUCAAGAGUGCGUCUGAUCAAAUUGCUGAAUGCGUGGUACAAAAUUGCCAUAUACUCUGCAGUCACUGCACUCGUCUGGACAUAUGGGGUGGUCCUGUUUCUCAAAACAAAGAACGUCUAUCCGUUGUUGUCCUCAGUACUGGCACCAUUGCUCUCAAGCAUAAUUGGUGCCAUACCUCCUCUUUCCGAGGACAUUGAGGAAGUACAGUCGAAAUGCAGGGGCAACUGCCAGACGGAUGUCAUUACCAUACCGAUCAUCGGUGGCUCGAGGAGCACGUCCUUCAUUUUGGUGCAUUUCAAUUGGAGGGUCGAAAGAAUGCGUAUUGAACGGGUGCAUUCCAUUGUUGAGCACAGCAACUGGGGCGGUAAGAGAAAUAGACUUUUGUAUGACAUUGCUGAUGACGGGCUGAUGACUGAAGCAGAUCUGACUGGUGGAGAAUUCCACAGACGUGUCAAGGAAUAUACGAAAAUCGUGAGGAGCAUUGGAGGAUGGCACAACAUGAGCGAGAAGACAGUUGACAUGGCCGAGCAAAUCAUGGACAUUAUUGAGGGCUGUCCAAGCAUGCAUGAGGGGCACCUCAGGAUCUUCUUAUUUAUGAGAGCAACCAUGUGUGCCGCAUUCAGGGCCAGCGCUUCAAGAAAGUACAAGGAUUUUAAAAUGAAGCAGCGUGGUGUGACUUCAGUGGAAACUUUUGUGGAGGACGUGACAAUGGGAAGUGUUAAGAGUGCAUUUGAGAUCAUGUGCAGAGAUGGCCAGGUGCUGGAUGCAAGCGUUGCGGACCACCUGGUUGCAUCAUUUCCAGAUAGAAUUUCUCGGGAUGUGGCUGCCAUGUUGUUGGUGCAAAUGGCAGCAAACUCUGGAGACAACAGGGUGCACCUGGCAGACACCCUGGCAGAUGGAUCCGAUGUGUACUUGGACUACAGCUUCAGGACCGACAGCUGGGAUGUCCACACGCUGUACCAGUUCAAAGAGCCGAGGAGUCCCAUCUAUACAAGAUGUGUGACGGCUGGCGAUGUUUAUGGCAUUUUCACGAGGUCCAAUAGCCAGGGGCUGUCAGGGAAGAGUCACCUGGAAAGGGCGUCUGUGGAAUGUGUUCCCACCACGUUGACAUCUUUCAAAGUCCUGAGGCAACACAUGUUGAAGUACUUGAUGGCCUACAUGGGGCUGUCCAUCAUUUUCGUCGUGUUUGGGCAGGGCCUCAAGAAAUAG